GCACAGGGCGGAAGCAUGUCCUCCCUCCCCGGGGGCGUUAGUUUGGAUGCAGCCCGCGCUGCAGCGGAGUCUGAGGACAUCGCCGAGCUGCAGCAGGCGGUGGUUGAGGAGCUGGGGAUCUCCAUGGAGGAGCUGCGCCGGGUCAUCGAUGAGGAGCUGGAGAAGAUGGACUGCAUCCAGCAGCGCAAGCAGCAGCUGGCCGAGCUGGAGUCGUGGGUGCUGCACAAGGAGGCCGAGGUGGCUCAUGUCGAUCGGCUGUUUGAUGACGCGUCCAGGUAUUUUUCUUUGUCUUCUAUUUUCCUGCAGCUCCGUGAAGCUAUGGCUGCACUAAGAAAAUCAGCCCAAGAUGUCCAGAAGUUCAUGGACGCCGUCAACAAGAAGAGCAGUUCUCAGGAUCUACAUAAAGGUCUGUGUAUAGGAGCCUUGGGUCAGAUGUCUGGAGAGCUGAGCAAAGAUGGAGACCUGGUAGUCAGCAUGCGGAUCCUGGGCAAGAAGAGGACCAAGACGUGGCACAAGGGCACCCUGAUCGCCAUCCAGACUGUCGGGCUAGGAAAGAAAUACAAAGUGAAAUUUGACAACAAAGGAAAGAGUCUGCUGUCUGGGAACCAUAUUGCCUAUGAUUACCAUCCUCCCGCUGACGAGCUGUUUGUGGGCAGUCGAGUGGUGGCCAAGUACAAAGACGGCAGUCAGGUCUGGCUCUACGCGGGCAUUGUAGCUGAGACCCCCAACGUCAAGAACAAGCUCAGAAUCUGACAUGGU